AAAAUUUGCCUAAAAACCCCUCAUCACAAAAUUAUUUUGAAAUGAGGAUAGAUAGUUUUUCUUGUUUUGUUCGCUACAGUGACAGCACAGCAAAUUUGAAAUAUAUUAAUUUAAUCUUCACAUAAUCAGUCAGCUCUAAAUCAUCCUCUUUUCUCUUCCCAAUUUCAGUCUCUCCCAACUGAAUUCAAAGCAAAUGGAAGUUGAUAUGAAACUGAUAAACCCUAGGGUUAAUUCAGUAAAGCUUUCAAAAUCAGUAGCCAUUACAGAUCAAGCAGCUGCCCUAACACAAGCUGGUGUGCCCGUUAUUCGAUUAUCAGCUGGAGAGCCCGAUUUCGAUACUCCAUCAAUAAUCGCCGAGGCUGGAAUAAAUGCAAUUAGAGAAGGAUACACGAGGUAUACUAAUAAUGCAGGCACUUUGGAACUUCGAACAGCUAUUUGUCGUAAGCUAAAAGAGGAAAAUGGGAUAUCUUAUGCAACUGAUCAGAUUGUGGUGAGUAACGGGGCGAAACAGAGUAUUCUACAGGCAGUUCUUGCAGUUUGCUCCCCUGGAGAUGAGGUCCUAAUUCCAGCUCCAUUUUGGGUGAGCUACCCCGAAAUCGCAAAGUUGGCCGAUGCGACACCUGUGAUACUUCCUACUCGGAUAUCCGAAAAUUUUCUCUUAGAUCCAAACCUUCUAGAAUCUAAAUUGACCGAGAAAUCAAGGCUGUUGAUUAUUUGCUCACCGUCCAAUCCAACGGGCUCCGUUUACCCACAAAAAUUACUCGAAGAAAUUGCCAAAAUCGUGGCGAAUCAUCCCAGACUUUUGGUUUUGUCUGAUGAAAUUUACGAGCAUAUCAUUUACGCACCGGCAACUCACACGAGCUUCGCCUCUUUGCCGGGGAUGUUUGAUAGAACUUUGACCGUAAAUGGAUUUUCAAAGGCCUUCGCAAUGACUGGUUGGAGGCUCGGGUAUCUUGCUGGUCCAAAGCACUUUGUUGCCGCAUGCGCGAAGAUCCAAAGUCAGUUCACUUCAGGGGCAAGCAGUAUAUCACAGAAAGCAGGUGUUGCUGCUCUAGGCUUGGGAUAUGCUGGCGGAGAAGUAGUUUCGACUAUGGUUAAAGCUUACAGUGAGAGAAGAGAUUUUGUCGUCAAAAGCUUUAAAGAAAUCGAGGGCGUGCAAUUAUCGGAGCCUCAGGGAGCUUUCUAUCUUUUUCUUGAUUUUAGCUAUUACUACGGAUCGAGAAUCGAUGGCUUUGGUGUGAUCGAUGGCUCCGAAUCUUUGUGUCGAUAUUUGCUUGACAAAGCUCAGGUCGCAUUGGUCCCGGGUGAUGCUUUUGGAGACGAUAGCUGCAUUCGCAUCUCCUAUGCAGAGUCACUUGCCACUUUGCAGACAGCCGUAGAAAGAAUUAAGACAGCAUUCGUUUCUCUCAAACCGAUAAAUCUUUCUGCUUCUCAAUCUGCUAAUUCUCAAGAACUUCAAAUAAGUUGCAGAUUUUGUCGGAAGAUAUAAAGAAGUUUGUAGUUUUAUAUAUAUGAAUUGAGAACAUAAAUCACUAGUUGAAUAUGUUCCGGAACUUGGGGUUGGAAUAUACUUUUUUUUCGCUCGUGAA